AGACGCCGGCAGUUGUAGUUCUUCCGGUUUAAUGUGGCCCGUGUGUGGCUUUGAAAUUUUUAUUAGACUAAAUCAUGGACAUCCGACCAAAUCACACAAUUUACAUCAACAACAUCAACGACAAAGUCAAGAAAGAAGAGCUGAAGCGUUCGCUGUACGCACUCUUCUCUCAGUUUGGUCAGAUCAUCAACAUCGUGGCCAUGAAGACGAUGAAGAUGAGGGGACAGGCAUUUGUUGUCUUUAAAGAGCUCACAGCGGCCACCAACGCGCUGAGACAACUGCAGGGCUUCCCGUUCUACAACAAGCCCAUGAGGAUACAGUACGCAAAGACAGACUCUGAGGUCAUCGCCAAAGUCAAGGGCACGUUUGGCGACAAGGAGAAGAAAAAAGAGAAGAAGAAGAAGGCCCAAGAGUCUGCGGCAAACCUGGCGAAGAAACCAACUGUGGGUCUAAACACGCCGGUGCACAUGCCAGCAGUCCAGGUGCCGGACAACCCGCCCAAUCACAUCCUGUUCCUCAGUAACCUGCCCGAGGAGACCAAUGAGAUGAUGCUGUCCAUGCUCUUCAACCAGUUCCCUGGAUUCAAAGAGGUUCGGCUUGUCCCGGGGAAACACGACAUCGCCUUCGUGGAAUUUGAAAGUGAGACGCAGGGGGGUGUGGCUAAAGACGCGCUGCAGGGCUUCCGAAUCACAGCCACCUGUGCCAUGAAGAUCACCUACGCCAAGAAGUAGGAAUGCAGGUGUGAUGGGCGGAGCCAAACAGACGAGUGAGGUGGAUGCUGAAUUUUUUUUUUUUUUUUUUUCUGGUUGUUUCUGUGCCGGCAUACAUGAGGAAAACCUUUGACCUGUUUUUCUAAUAAAAUUAUUGCUCUAAACUUUA